GAAGGAAAACUGAAAAAGAUUUUUUUUUCUCGUUCCCUCUUUCAAAAUUGCAUUUCUUUUUCAUGUAAAAGUAAUUUUUUUCCUAUACGGAAAGUGUUGUCGAAUUUUUUACGAGGCGGUUAAUUCAUAACCUAAGUUAGGAUUUUCGAAAAGUCGAAUUAGCUUUAAUUUCAGGUGGCAAAUCUUGAUUUAUCUCAAUUAAGGGAUUUUUUGUUUUUUGUUCUUAUUUUUUUCCGGCUUUUCAUUUUCAACUUUUUCCGAUACUUAUCAAUCCUUCAGGUAAAGGCCCUCCGCCUUACGAGGGAAACGGCGGUGGUCUCGCUCGCGUGGUAUUUUGUUUCGCGAGCGAAAGCCAUUGUUGAGGAUUCUUGGCUUACAGUUGCAUGUAUUGGCAUCAUACUUCAUAGGUUUUCUUCCAUUAAGACGCGGUAUAAGCCAGAGCUCAAGCUUACACCGUCAAUGGAAGAGUACUAGCGUCGAGCAACGACAGACUGCCCUUUAUUUACGAUUUAUUGAACAUAGGGAUUAAUUUGGGAAUAUAGAGCAAUGGAUGUGGACGACCAGACUCACAACAGAGCUAUGCAAUCUCCGGCACCAAUGGAGAGGAAGCAACAUCGACAGCAACCACAACAACAAAACCAUCAACUAGAGAGCCAGGCUUCGACACCUGGACUUGGGUCUCCUCUUUCUUCGGCGCAACAACAGUCUGCAGCAGCUGCGCCUGCUGCACAAGGACAGCCGCAACCUCCAGUGGUGGGGUCGAGGUGUGCUCCCACUUAUUCGGUGGUGAAUGCGAUCAUAGAGAACAAAGAAGAUGGACCCGGCCCUAGGUGUGGGCAUACCCUAACGGCUGUGGCAGCUGUGGGAGAAGAAGGGACGCCUGGGUAUAUUGGGCCCAGGUUGAUUCUGUUUGGUGGUGCCACGGCACUAGAAGGGAAUUCUGCUUCUUCUGGGACUCCAUCAUCAGCUGGAAGCGCUGGCAUCAGACUAGCAGGUGCUACUGCUGAUGUGCACUGUUAUGAUGUGUUAUCCAAUAAAUGGUCUAGGAUCACACCCUUUGGAGAGCCACCUACACCAAGGGCAGCACAUGUGGCCACUGCUGUCGGGACUAUGGUAGUUAUUCAGGGUGGAAUUGGUCCAGCCGGCUUGUCUGCUGAGGAUCUUCAUGUUCUUGAUCUCACACAACAACGACCACGGUGGCAUAGGGUUGUCGUUCAAGGCCCUGGGCCAGGGCCAGGGCCACGCUAUGGCCAUGUAAUGGCUUUAGUAGGGCAAAGGUAUCUCAUGGCAAUUGGUGGAAAUGAUGGAAAACGACCUUUGGCAGACGUAUGGGCCUUGGACACUGCUGCCAAGCCUUAUGAAUGGCGUAAAUUGGAACCCGAAGGGGAAGGUCCACCUCCAUGCAUGUAUGCUACUGCGAGUGCACGAUCUGAUGGCCUUCUUCUGCUCUGUGGAGGGAGGGAUGCAAACAGUGUGCCAUUAGCAAGUGCAUAUGGGCUUGCAAAACACAGGGAUGGCCGUUGGGAAUGGGCAAUUGCUCCUGGUGUCUCACCAUCACCAAGAUAUCAACAUGCAGCAGUUUUUGUCAAUGCAAGGCUCCAUGUUUCUGGUGGGGCACUUGGUGGAGGACGCAUGGUUGAAGACUCAUCAAGUGUUGCAGUGUUGGAUACUGCUGCGGGAGUUUGGUGUGAUACAAAAUCUGUUGUUACUAGCCAGAGGACAGGUAGAUACAGUGCCGAUGAUGCUGGUGGAGAUGCUUCUGUCGAGUUAACGAGGCGUUGCAGACAUGCAGCUGCAGCUGUAGCUGUUGGUGACUUAAUAUUUAUUUAUGGUGGUUUACGUGGUGGAGUGUUGCUUGAUGACCUGCUUGUUGCUGAAGACCUGGCAGCUGCUGAGACAACAACAGCAGCUUCACAUGCUGCUGCUGCAGCAAAUGCUGCUUCCCAUGCACGGUUACCUGGAAGGUAUGGAUUUAUUGAUGAAAGAGCAAGGCAAACAAUGACUGAAGCAGUUCCUGAUGGAGCUGUUGUGCUGGGAACUCCAGUUGCUCCUCCUGUAAAUGGAGACAUGUAUGCUGACAUAAGCGCUGAGAAUGUGAUGCUUCAAGGAUCCCGGAAAAUGGACAAAGGUGUUGAUUAUUUGGUUGAGGCAUCAGCUGCGGAAGCUGAGGCUAUAAGUGCCACACUUGCCGCUGCCAAGGCACGGCAAGUUAAUGGAGAAGUUGAACUUCCUGAUAGGGAUCGAGGGGGAGAGGCUACACCUAGUGGAAAACAGACGUCUACCUUUAGUAAGAUGCCUGAUAAUGCUGGAUCAAAUAAUGUUGCACCUGCUGGAGUUCGGCUUCACCAUAGAGCUGUUGUUAUAGUAGCAGAGACUGGUGGAGCUUUGGGUGGAAUGGUCAGACAGCUUUCUAUUGAUCAAUUUGAAAAUGAAGGCAAGCGGGUUAGCUAUGGGACUCUUGAGAACGCAAGCGCAGCCAGGAAACUAUUAGAUAGACAAAUGUCAAUUAAUAGUGUCCCCAAAAAGGUCAUUGCACAUCUUCUGAAGCCUCGUGGUUGGAAACCUCCAGUUUGUCGACAGUUUUUCUUAGACUGCAACGAAAUAGCAGAUCUCUGUGAAAGUGCUGAAAGAAUAUUUACCAUUGAACCAACUGUUUUACAGCUGAAAGCUCCUAUUAAGAUUUUUGGUGAUCUACAUGGACAAUUUGGAGAUCUUAUGCGCCUUUUUGAUGAAUAUGGCUCACCUUCAACAGCUGGGGACAUUGCAUAUAUCGAUUAUCUCUUCUUAGGGGAUUAUGUGGACCGAGGCCAACACAGCUUGGAGACCAUUGCUCUUCUGCUUGCAUUGAAGGUUGAGUAUCCCAAUAAUGUACAUUUAAUUCGGGGGAAUCAUGAAGCUGCGGAUAUCAAUGCACUUUUUGGAUUUCGGAUUGAGUGUAUUGAGCGCAUGGGUGAGAGAGAUGGAAUAUGGGCAUGGCAUCACAUAAACAAUUUAUUCAAUUGGCUUCCUCUGGCAGCUCUAAUUGAAAAGAAAAUCAUCUGUAUGCAUGGUGGCAUUGGUCGGUCUAUAAAUCAUGUGGAACAGAUUCAGAACCUACAGCGUCCAAUUACGAUGGAAGCUGGCUCGAUCGUUCUUAUGGAUUUAUUAUGGUCCGAUCCAACGGAAAACGACAGUGUGGAAGGGUUGCGACCAAAUGCUAGAGGUCCAGGUUUGGUUACUUUUGGGCCUGAUCGUGUCAUGGAAUUCUGCAAUAAUAAUGACCUCCAGUUGAUUGUUCGUGCCCACGAGUGUGUUAUGGAUGGCUUUGAACGCUUUGCACAGGGACAUUUAAUCACCCUUUUCUCUGCUACCAAUUAUUGUGGUACUGCUAAUAAUGCUGGUGCAAUCUUAGUUUUGGGUAGAGAUCUUGUGGUUGUUCCAAAACUCAUUCAUCCUUUACCCCCAGCAAUUUCAUCACCAGAAGCAUCAACGGGAGGUCAUACAGAAGAUACGUGGAUGCAGGAGCUGAAUGCCAACAGACCUGCAACACCAACCAGAGGUCGUCCUCAAGCAGAAGAUGCAAAUGACCGAGGCUCACUUUCUUGGAUAUAGUAGAUCCUUCAAAUUGAUUUUAUAUAUACUCAUUCGGGCUCAUGCUAUACCCACCUGGGGAUUCCAGUGCUCUGUAUAGAGCAUGAUGCCAUAUACAGGCAUUUUUUAAUUUUUUGGCAGUUUCAGCAGACUGUUGGCCUUGAGAUCAUGAAAGAGAUGCAAGUUCAGGAACAAGAUUGCCAUUAACGGUUGGUUUGCUUUUUGGCAAUGUGCUGAAAGUUGCACUUAAGGCUUCGCCCUCUGUAAAUUGAGUGUAGAAAGCAGGCAAUCGGGUGGUUUCUUCGAUUGGUUGGUAGUAUUUUUCACAUUUAGCAUAUAUAUUCGUCAUUUUAGAUCAAAUAUUUUUCUGCCCUACUUUGAGGUCUCCAUUAUAUGUGAUGAUGAGAGAGAUAAUAUAAAUAUGCGUAUCAUAUAGAGGGUUAUAUAUUGGUGUAAUUUUCACAUUAUGUGAUUUGUACAAUAUUGUAAUGUUUUUGUGUGAAGAUAAAAGAAACUUUAGUAAA